UGAUUAACGGGUUAAUUCAACCGGUGAAUUCUGAAAAGUGCCCAUACCAUAUCAUAACAUAACCUCAACAAUUAACUGAAUUAACCUAAAUUUUUAAAUUAAAAAAUUAAUCAUAAUAUAAAGUUGUGAGACUUUAUAUUAUAGAAAAUAUAAAGCCAAAAUUGAAACUUAUAAUUUAUACGCUGGUAUACCCAUAUGAGAUAUGUUAAUCAGCCGUAAGUUAGUUUUCUCAUGUCUAAACUGCCUAAAACGUACCUAUUCAAAUGCUCCCCUUACUGAAAAUUACAUAAAAAAACUAAAAAUGAACCUCCCAAACCACAGACCAGAUCCUGUAAUAUUCAAGCUUGACAGUCCAGAAUUUCACUCACUAUUCACAGAUGAACUGAAAACCCUAAUAAAAUUAUUUGAGAAGUAUGAUUAUGAAAUCCGGGUAGCAGGAGGCGCAGUGCGCGACCUACUUAUGGGCAAGAGCCCCAAAGAUUUGGAUUUUGCCACCACAGCGACACCCACUGAAAUGAAAAAGAUGUUUGAGACAGAAGAGGUUCGGAUGAUUAACAUGAAUGGAGAAAAACAUGGCACAAUAACCCCAAGGAUAAAUGAUAAGGCGAACUAUGAAAUAACUACUUUAAGGAUUGAUGUAGUAACUGAUGGAAGACAUGCUGAAGUGCAGUUUACUAAAGAUUGGCAACUUGAUGCAUUGAGGAGAGAUUUAACCAUAAAUUCAAUGUUUUUAGGUUUUGAUGGAACUGUUUAUGAUUAUUUUUUUGGAUAUGAUGAUUUGCAAAAGAGGAGAGUUGCUUUUGUGGGUGAUCCAGUAGCAAGAAUCCAGGAAGACUAUCUCAGGAUAUUAAGGUAUUUUAGGUUUUAUGGAAGAAUAUCAUUAGAAAGAAACAAACAUGAGGAAGAAACUUUAACAGCAAUUAAGGAUAAUGGUUCAGGAUUAGAAAGGAUUGCCGGUGAGAGAAUAUGGACUGAACUAAAAAAGAUACUUGAAGGGAAUUUUGCAGGUGAUCUGAUGCAAGUCAUUGUGCAGUGUGGCUUGUCUAAAUAUAUUGGUUUACCAAGAAACCCAAACAUAAAAGAGCUUGAGAGAGUCUGGACCCAAAGUGGUCACCUAAAUAUGAAUGCCAUAACCCUAGUCUCUUCCCUUUUAAAUACUGUUGAGGAUUCACUCAAUUUACAUGCAAGACUAAAAUUAUCUGCAUUUGAAAGAGAUUUGACAACAUUUAUUAUUGAGCAUAGAGAACCAAAAUUGCAUCCUAAACCCUUACUGCCUUAUCAACAGCUGGUUGUUAAGUCCAAGUCAAAACCCAAUGUUAUAAGGCAGUAUGUAAUAGAGGUGCUUAAAUAUAACAAUUCACCAUAUUUGGAAGAGUUUGAAAAGUGGGAAAUUCCAAGUUUCCCCAUAAAUGGAACCAUGUUAAAGGAAAAUGGAGUGGAUACAGGGAGAAUUAUGGGUCUGAUGAUGCAUGAGCUAAAGAAUAUUUGGGCAGAUAGUGAAUUUCAGUUAAGCACUAGUGAAAUUUUAGAUAAUAUUUCUAUGGUGAAAGCAAAAUUGGCAGAGGGAAAGAAGAAUAAAUAAAUUUUACUAAAACAA